UUAGCGCGCGAUAUUUUACAAGCACUUUGUUUUGAUUGUAUUAAAUUUUAUAAAGUUUUUUAACUUCAUUAAGAAAAUAUUGCAGACGUAUUUAAAAUGAGUAAAAAGUCCACGCGCUCUUCUAAACCUACUGAAGAAACAGUUGUUCCUGCAGCGAAAGCGCCAGCGCUUUACAAAGUGAUGUUCAUAUCAAAAGAAUUAUUGGAAGAUCCUGAAAAUGAGUUGACGUUGGAGUACUUUUAUCAUCCUGGAAAAGGCAAGCCCACACUGUUUAUUACAAAAUCCAACACAGAGCUAAUGGAAGUUAAAGAAUUUGCUGAACCCAGACGUUGCUGGUUAAUCAACGAUGAUGUGUGCUCAAACGGACGCAUCUACAUGACAACACCAAUCGAUAUAACGCUGCUGGCAUUGCACCAUAUACGUUUACAUUGUUCACAAAAAGCGCUGGCUUUAGAUGAUAUUGGUGAGGCAAAUGAUAAGAGCACUUUGCGGUUAUUGCGUGAAUUUAUACGCGGCGAGGAGCACUUGAGAUGUAUCGCCGAUGUAAAGAAAGCCAAUGGCAUGAUAUUUUACAAAUAUAACCCGGAGAAAACGCUAGCGUGGUUAGCGAUUAAGACACGUCGUGUAACUGCAAAACUGCGCAGCAUUGGCGUGCAUUGUGGGGAGAGUGCCAUGUCUAAAAAUUAUGUACGUGGUGAACUUGAGGGCGAGAACAAGGAAGAAUCUGAUAUGGAUUAUUUACGCAUGGCAUGCGACAUAGUGGGUGACUAUUUGGAUGUAGAUUUACACGAGGAGCUUAAAACAUAUUUGGAAAUACCUGAAGAGAAACCGUUGACAACUGCACCGAAGAACAAGGAAAAAGAGAAAGGUGGCAAGAAGCGAAAAUCCCUUCAACAACUUAAUUCUAAUGAAAACAAGAAAAUAAAAUUGGAGGAUAAAGAAACAAAUGCURCGGAUAAACUUAAAAGCAGUGGUUUAGUUGAUGGUUCACCAACUAAUGACCAUAGUAGACCAAAUAGUAGUUCCAGUGAGGAAGUAAGCCCGCUUAGUGUGGUGCAAGCACCAAUUACCCCUUCGCCGGUUAAAGAAAGAAAUUUAACAGCUAAGGAAAAAGCGUUAGCGAAGAGUGCAAAAGGUACGAAGAGCAUUGCAUCAUUCUUUAGUAAAAAAUAAGGCAAUGACUGUUUCAUUGUUUUUUUUUUUGACUUGUAAAAUUUUUUAUAKUUGUUAUUUUAUUGUCAUUAAUUAAGUAAGCAAAACAAAAUGCUUGUU